GCAGUAAAGGGCCAGGGGGUGUCUUUUGUUAUGUUUUGUUAUGGAGACUUUGGAACCCUCCCCAGGGCUGGGGGCGCCGGUUGCCAGGGGAACUGACCUGGGAUCACAGAGCUCCCGGGGCAGGUGCUCACGUGCAGACUGGGGUGAAGGUGGCUGUGGGCUUCCUCCUAAGGAGGAGAGUGUUGGAACCUGCCGUCUGUAGUGGCCAGCCCCAGCAGCCGGAGGCCUCCCCAUCUGCUUCCCUGUUGUUCUUCGCUGUCUCGGGCUCAGCAUCAGCACGGCCGUUUGAACAGGACAUUGUGAAAGCCACCAGCAGAGCACCACUAAGUGCCGCCAGCAGGAGGUCGCAGGCCGCUUCGGACCCGGGCGACCACACCGACAGAGAAUCCUGGGGACCUUCCGUCACAAUCACGAGCUUCUGGAACAGCAGUGGCCCGGACCCCUGUCGCCCACGGAAAUGUGCGGUCGGGCCAGGGAGCAGUGUGCCCUGUGGCCUUCUCCAGCGCAGCUGUCCCCCGGCAGGGCCCUGCCGCCUGAGGGUGCGGAUCCCCUCCUGCCCGUCUGCAGAUGAUGUGCCCUCAGACGUGCUUCCAGGGACUGACGUCGCCUCGACCGCUGCGUCCCCGGGGGUCCCCGUGAGGCCGGCUGUGUCCGCCCCGACCAGCUCUCCGACUGCACAUCCUCCCACCUUGCCCAGAAGCUCCCUCGGCCACGGUGGCUCAGCAUCCUGGCCUCGUCCCCCCACUCGCUGUCACCCCGGGGCCGUGUCCAUGCACAGUCCUCCUGAUGCACUGGAUGCCGCCGACCAUGGCUUCCCCGACACGGACGCUCGGGCCCCUCUGAGUCUGGGCUUCCGGGUCCGGGCAUCUCCCAAGGCAGCUCUGUGUCUACGGGUGGAUUUCGGGGACAGCUCCGGGGUCCAGGUGACGAUCUACAAUGUGUCCCGGGGAAUCGCAGUCACCGCCUACCACCAGUUCAGGAAAGAAGGAGUCUAUGUGCUCAAGGCACUUAUUUACAACGACCUUUGUGGACCCGGAAGGGAGCUCGGGCCUUAUUACGUGGAGAUGGGCCCCGCGACCAUGUCAGUGUUCAUGAAUUCUAGCAGCAUCCGCAGGGAUGAGCUUCUGGUCUUUGCUGGCUCCCACGCGGAUCAGAAAAGCACCGUUGUCACACAUCACUUUGCAGCCGGUCCCCCAUGUAACGUGUCCUUCACAUGUCAGAGCUGUGCGGCCGGUGGCCAGGCUUGGCCCAGCGUGACUGUCCAGUAUCGGAUGCAGCCCGUCUCUGUCUACACAAACGGAACCAUGUUUGCCACUGACAUCGACAUCACUUUCCUGGCUGUCACGGAGGAAACGGCCCCCUUGGAGUUCGUGUGGUCCUUUGGAGAAGGUCCAGCCCUGAGGACAACAUCCAGGAGCAUUAAGAGAAGACUCAGCAUCCCCCAGUGGUACAGCGUGACGGUGCAGGCGGCCAGCAGGCUGGGCAGGGUGGCCUCGGAGCCCCGCCGCAUCAGGACGCAGAGGAGAAUCGUCGCCAACCGGCUGGUGUCUCCCCUCUCAGCUCUGCUGAAUGCCAGCGUCACCUUCACGUGCAGACUCAACUUUGGCACCAACGUGGCUUUCCUGUGGGACUUUGGGGAUGGCACCGUGGGCCCGGGGGGCAGCUCUGCCCAUCACACCUACCAAAGGGAAGGACAGUUCACCGUCCAGGUCCGAGCCUUCAACGAUGUCAGUGCUGUCUCCCUGGCAAAGCAGCUGUUCGUCGUGCGGGAGCCGUGCCAGCCGCCCCCCGUGAAGAACAUGGGGCCGGGGAAGGUGCAGGUGUGGAGGUCUCAGCCUGUGACUCUGGGCGUCACGUUCGAGUCUGCGAUCCUCUGUGACAUCUCCCAAGGCCUCUCCUACACCUGGACCAUCCAGACCUCCGAGGGGUGGCCAGUGCCCCUGCCCCCUGGUGUCAGCACACGCAGGCAGACCAUCACUGUCCCCGGCUACUUCCUGGAGCUUGGGAACUACACCGCUCUCGCCAGGGUUCAGGUGGAUGGCAGCGUCGUGCACAGCAACUACAGCGUCGGGGUGGAGGUGCGGGCCAGGGCCCCCGUCAGCGUCAUCUCCGAGGGCACGCAACUGUUCAUCUCCAGGUCCCCCUCAGUCACCGUCAUCCUCAGUGGCUCCCAGUCCUACGACCCAGACAACCCCGGGGCCACCCUCAGGUACCACUGGACGUGCACCGCGGCCGGCGCCCCCGGGGAGCCCUGCUUCACCGCCUCCUCUCCGCACAGCCUGCGUGCCGGGGCCCCCUCCCUUUCUUUUCCUGCCAGCUCUCUCAGCAACAGCUACGACCAGUUUCUCGUGACGCUGACCGUGUCCAGCGCCGGCCGGAACUCUUCAGAGGCGCAGGUGUUCCUGUCCCCGCGCCCCGACACGGCACUCAGGUUUGUCCGCAUCUCCCGGGGCAGCUUCAAGGACGCGCUUGUCAACUGGAACGAAGAGCUUUCCCUGCGUGCUGAGUGCGACGUGUGUGCCGCGGGGCCCCGCCUGUCUUACUCCUGGGACCUGUUCCUGGUCAAUGCCACGGAAGGGACCCGAACAGACGGUCCCUUUUGCAGGGCGGUGGGGCUGCUGGGCGCUGCCGGCCUGGGGGCCGAUUCCAUGCAGCUGCCGUCCAGCGCACCGUCCACGGCGGCGAGCUGCCCGGAGCCCCGUGGGACGGGUGCGGCGUCCUCACAGAAGCAGUCACCACAGCCCCGGGUGCAGCCGGGACCGUCACUCCCGGGGACACUAUCCUUGGGGCCCGUCGACACGCACCCGCUUCCUGAUGCGGGCGACGCCGCGUUCCCUGGACUGGCUCGCCGGUUCGCGGGGUCCCCUGGGACUUGGUCGCCCUGGAGCCCGUCGCCGUCCCCCUCUGACUUCGAAGCCGACUACGGGGACAUCCAGGAGGCGGUGCCACCCACAGGGAGACAGCCGGCCCACUGGUCCGGCGCUAGCCUCCCGGGAGCAGACCCGAGUUCGAGUCCUGGUGGGGGCCAGGGGGAUGGGGACAACCUGCUGGGCCCCCUGCGCCCCGCGGCCGGGCCGGCCCUCAUGGUGGACUGGCCCAAGGCCCCGGUGGGCCGCGCCCUCUUCCGCAGCUACACGGCCUCUGGCAUCACGGGACACGCAGUGACAAUAAAGCCGUUCUCGCUGAGCCCCGGGGAGACAUACGUCGUGCAAGCCUCCGUGGCCUCCACGCGCGGCCUGCUGGGGAGGGCGCAGCUGUACCUGACCCUGCAUCCAGCCCCGCGGGACGUGGCCUGCCAGGUGCAGCCACACCGCGGCCUCGAGGCUCACACCGUCUUCAGCAUCUUCUGCAUGGCGAUGAGACCGGACUUUCGUUACAAAUUUAGUUACCGGAUAGGAAAUGCCUCCGAACACACUUUGUACCACGGGAGAGACACCCAGUAUUACUUCGUGCUGCCGGCGGGCGAGCCCUCGGACAAUUACAAAGUCAUGGUGUCCACGGAGAUCACGGACGGCGUGGGCUCCCGGACGCUCCCAUGCGUGGUGGCAGUGACCGUGCUGCCCCACUUCCACGGGAGCCUCUGCCUGGACGAGGACACAUAUAACUCCAGCCUGAAGCACCUGUCCACCCUUCAGCUGAUGGGCAGUUACACCGAGAUCAGGAACUAUAUCACCACGAUCACCAGGGUCCUGAGUCGCUGGGCCGCGGAGGACCGAAGUCCCUCGUGUGGCCAGUGGUCGCGGAUACAGGAUGCGCUGAUUUCUUCUGCGUGUGGACUGCCUGUGGCAGAUCAGGAAGACAUGACCCACUCCGUCCUCAUGCUGAGGGGCCUCCUACGCUUCCCUCGUAAGCUGAGCUUCAGGAGCGCGGCUCUCAUCCUGAAGUCUGCCCGGGCACCCCUCGCUCAGAGCCCGCUGUCGGGGAGGCUGGCGGUGGACAAGGGGCUGAUGCUUGAGCUCAUCCUACUCGUAUCCGAAGUCUUGGAGGCCUCGGACUGGGAGAAACCCAGGAAUUCGGGCUUCCUGCAAGAAGAGGGGACCAAGAUCAUCUCGGAUCUCUUGUUGGACGGCCUCUCUGCAAGCACGGAGCACCAGCUCCACGUCAGCGCUGGGCAGAUGGAGUUCCGCACGCGUCUUCACCACGACCUGCAGAGCUCCGUGCAGAGCCUGGGCUCUGUCCAGGUGCACCUGCCUGCAGACCUGGCCGCGCAGAGUCCUGUGGGGGCUGUGCAGGGCCCGUGCUACAUUAGCCAGCUCAUGCUCUUCAAGAAGAACCUGUAUCCGUGGGGACGAGGUCCUGGGCAGAUUGGCCAGGUGGUCUCCGCAUCCCUGUUCGGCUGCUCCAGCAGGAGGCCCGUCGGCGGCUGGCGGCUGAGGGCGCCCGUGGCCGUGGAGUUUGGGGAGGAAGGCUGCCUGGACAACGGAAGAACCAGGACAGCGUUUGUGCUGCUUCGGGACAGAGUGAACGUUCAUGAGUUCACGGGCGCUGCGACCCCCCGGGAGUCCCUGCACAUAAGGAUUGAGUUUUUUAGGCCCCCGUCAGGAGCUUUCCCGGUCAUGGUGCUGGUGAGGUUCUCCGAGAAACCCACUCCUUCUGCUUUUCUUGUGAAAAAGGUCUACGUCUGGGAUGAGCAGCCCGUGCACCUGCAUAUACCUGCUGGGCCUCUGAGAGACCUCAGCUUGGGCUAUUUAUCCUUAUUGGAUGCUGACUAUGACAGAAGCCCUCGGAACAGAUACUCAGCCAAGGCCGUGAACUACACUGUGCGCUUCCACUGGCUGCAGUGCGUCGUCUGGGAAGCCGGAGAGUGGAGGCCAGCGAGCUCCUCCCCACAGCCAGGAGUGUCUCCAGGGAAAGUGAACUGCAGCCAUGACCGCCUGGCGCCCGUGUCCAUCUCGAGAAGAAGCCCGAAUGCCACUUUCUCAGCGAGUGACAUUUCCGAGCUGCAGAGACACCCGGAGAACCUGCUCCCCGGUGUUUUGAUCGUAGUUUUUACAAUUCUUUAUGCGCUUCUGGUUACUAAAAGCAGACGGGUAGAUUGUCAUGAGAGAAAGAAAGCCGGUUACAUUUUUCUGCAAGAAGAUGCUCCACCCGGCCACCAGCUGUACGCGGUUGUCGUGGACACAGGCUUCCGCUCUCCCACCCGCUGUAGCGCCAAGGUUUACAUCGUCUUAUGUGGGGAGCAUGGGCUUUCAGGACCCCGGGAGCUCUACUGUCCGGAGCAGCCCCUGUUUGAAAGGAAUUCCAGGCACACCUUUGUCCUGAGCGUCCCCGCUCUGCUGGGCCCGCUGCGGAGGAUCUGCCUCUGGCACGACAGCCGUGGGCCCGCCCCGGCCUGGUACGUGAGCCACAUCAUGGUGAAGGAGCUGGCAGCCGGGCCCGGGCACAGCUGGCUCUUCCCCGCUGAGUGCUGGCUGGCGGCGAGCGGGCGGGACGGCCACACAGCGUGGGAGCUGGGCAGCCUGCGCCGGGGCCUCGGCUUCUGGAAGCUCUUGUACUGCAAGUUCACAGAGUAUCUGGAGGAUUUCCACGUGUGGACCUCCGUGUACAGCCGGCCCUCCCCCAGCGGCUUCCUGCCCACGGCACGCCUCACCGUGGCCUUUGCCCUGCUGUGUGCCUACGCGUGUCUCACUGCCCUGGUCACGGCGGCAGGACAGGAGCAGCUGGCGUGGGCCCUCAGCGCCCCCGAUGCUGCGUCCGCCGGGUCCCUGUGGACGGGCCUCCUGGGCACCCUGCUGGCUUCUCCCGGGGCACAACUCUUGUCGCUGCUCUUCAGGCUCAGCCAGGACGCUGGCGGACCUUCCCGCGUGAAUGCCUGCCAGUCCCGCUCCCCGCUCCUGGGGGCAGCUCCGGGCCCCAACCCCCGUGGAGGAACGGCAGAGGCAGGGAAGAGGCGCGAGGGCAGCCUUGUCUCCGGGAGCAGCGGGGCCUGCAGGAGGGCGGCCCGGGGUGACGGUGCAGGGUGUCCGCCCCCUGAGCGGGAGGACCUGGGAGCUGACGCCGCCCAGCGCGCUCGGAGGGAGAAGGGGAGCCCCGGGGCUCAAGCAGCCAGCAGCGGGUUUGGAGGAGUCGCUGUGCUCCGCUGGCCGUGGGCCCUGCUGCCUUGGUCGGGCUCCGCGGCAUGGGUCCUCUGCGGGACGGUGUCCGUGGCCUGUGGCCUAGGGACGGCGUUUCUAGGAUACAGGUUCAACCCGACGCAGUGUGUGCGCUGGCUGUACCUGCUGGCCGCCUCUGUGCUGUGCUGUGUGCUGGUCACGCAGCCGCUGCUGGUGAGCCUCCUGGCCUUGGGCUUUGCCUGGAGGAGGAGACACGACCCGCACUUCUUCACUGAGGCUCUGCAUGCGGCCACCAAGGACCUGGGCCCUGAACUGGAAGCGCGUGCGAGGCCCCACCCGCCCCACUGUGCGAGCCAGAAGGAGGAGGUGUUGGCGGCCCGGCAGCGAGUGCGCCACCUGCGCCGGGCACGGCCACCGUCCGCUGCCCAGCUCAGCGCCGUCAGACAGAAGCUACAGCGACAGACCCGGACGCGGCGGGCGCUGAGAGACAUGUGCAUGUUCACCCUCCUGCUGCUUCUGCAUUUGCUUAUCCUCUGCCGGACGGGCUCCCGGGAUGCGCAUUCCCUGCAUCACGCCAUCCGGACCGAGUUUACAAGGGGUGCCAGCAGCGCCUCGGGCGGCCUGGGAAGUGUGGCAGACUGGUGGGGCUGGACUCUGACCACGCUGCUGGAUGGCCUGCACGGAGGCGGCGCCCCCCCGGCCCGCCCGCCGGGCACUCAGCCCCGGGCCCUUGGUGGCACGUGCUACCUGCUGGGCUCCCUGGUAAUCAGACAGCUGCGGUGGCCUUCGGGAAGCGCGGGCCAGCUGCCCAGCCGGGCCCCGGCGCUCCCCGAAGACCCUCCCCCCGAAGUUGGCGGCCCCGACGGCGCCCCCGUGACGGAGCCUGCGACCCCUGGGGAUUCCAGAGGCUGUGGGUCCAGGGAGCCAUGGGAGCUCAGCCUGGGCAGCACAAGGCCGGCAGCCCACGCAGCACUGAGCGGCCUCAGGACCAGUGGGUGGAUCGACGGCGGCACCAGCGCCGUGUCCGUGCACUUCGUCCUCUACAACUGUCCUACACGGCUGCUGUCCAGCGUGGCCCUGCACGCUGAGCUGCUCCCCGGGGGCGGCCUGGCCCUCGCCCCGCUGGUGGAGUCGGUGGCGGCCUUCCACAGUGACUCGGGCCUGUGGCACCGCCUCGCGCUUCCCGAGCUGGCCUUCCUGGUGCUCAGCCUGACCCAGUCGUGCCUGCAGCUGCACCGCGCGGCCCAGGAGGGCGUCCACAGCUACUGGGGCGAACCUGGGAGCUGGCUGGAGCUCGCCAUCGCCGGGGCCGGUCUCGCCCGCUAUGCCGCCUCCUGCCACCUGGCCACCGUGGCGGGCGCAGUGACCGACCGCCUCCACAGAGGACACUUCCGAGGGUCCAUGGACCUCAGCCUCGCGGCGUCAUGGAGCCAGAGGGUGAUGUGGCUGCAGGGGACCCUCUCCUUCCUCCUGACCCUGAAGUGCGUCCACCUUGUCAGCAUCCGGGGCACCACGGCGUCCUGCUCCUUCCUGAUGCGGCGCUCGCUCGCCAGCGCCUUCGCGGCAGCGCUGGCAGGCGUCCUGGCGCUGGCCGCGCACAGCCACUUGCGUGCGGUGCCACCGGGCACCCUCACAGACUUCUCCCGAGGCCCGCGGUCCCGUCUUUCCAGGUCCGACCUGCAGGCCCCAGCCUGGUGCUGCGGGGCCCUCUUCAUGGUGAUGAGCACCGCAUGGUUGGGAAUGCUGAGAGGUUCCUUCACGACUCUUGCUCAAAGAAGGAAAUCUUUUCAAAGCCAGUCUGUUGUGAGACUGGCAGACGUGACUGCCUAUGUGCGGACAGAGGCCCUGGCCUGGCUGGGACUGGAAAGGCCACAGCAGGAAGAGGCCGAGAUGGUCGAGAGUCAUAAUUACUACCUGGAUGACGUUUCUGAUCUGCUGGAUGAGCUUCUGUCAAAGAUUCAUGCUUUGUCUGACAGCCUACAGCUUCCUCUUCCAGAGCAGCAAUUCUGUGAUAUGCGAGAGGCCAGGGCAAAAGGUCAUUCCUCAGCGGGUAUUUCUGCCUAACAAGCCACUGGGGUGAGUCAGUGCAGCGACAUGCGGUGGGGCUGCCCCCCUCUGCACUCCUCUCGCCCCCCCCUCCCCCCUGCGUGGUGACCGCAGGGUGCCUCGGCUGCAUUGAUCCACCCACGGGGAGAGCCGCACCCCAGCGGUGCUUCUCGCUGAGCAGAAGGACUUUGCCCCCAAAUUCUUAAUUCUUAAUUCUUCCUGAUGUGCGAGCCCCGUUGCCACCCCACCCCACCCCACCCCGGGGACACGCUGCUUUGCAGGGAUGGCCAGGCCACUGAAAUUUCGAUGCAAGUGAGAGAUGCCAGAGCAGCUUUUCCUGCAUAUUUUCCUGUGGAUUCACCUUUAUGAAUUUGGUUACGUAAGGCAGGAACAUCCAGAAGGUCAGAAACACCCUGGCCUCAAGCUAUAGUCUGCCCCAGCGGGUUUGGUCCUUUUUUACAAAGAAGUGUUAAUUCCUUAGCACUCGCCUGCCAGGAGGGACACUGGGCGUUUGGUGUGACCGCGGAGGAUCCACACUCACUUUCCACAUCGGGGUCCUCGUGACUGUGGACGUGGGUCUGCCGAGGAGGCUGGCACGCCGGCGCCCGUGGCCCCUGCUUUCAGGGAGGUUUGUGUGUGCGUCCUGCGAGUCAGUGACAGUUAGGACACAGGGAGCCAUCAAAAGGGUGGAUUUUCUUCCUACUUCUUCCCUUAACUUUGCCAGUUUGCGGGCGAGCUUAGGAGAUACUUAGAAGACCUGAUUUUCCUUAAUACGGACCGCCUACAAAUGUCACAGAAACCUGUCCGGGAAGUUUGCUCAGCUCCCUUCUCCCACCCAGGACUUUUUGUGGUCAUAACUGGGUUCUGUAAACCCAGCUUUCUGGGCUCAUGAACACUCAAUACUUGAAUCCUUGAGAAGAAAACGGGUUAUGAAGGGUUUGGUUUGCUUAAGGAAAUAUCCACUCAGCCUGAGCACACGGAAAGUUUGGGCCCCCCAGAGAGGCAGACAGGACUGGUGGGGGAGCACCUGCUGAGUGAGGGUCAGAGGCCAGUGGCGGGGGGUGGGGGGCUUGGGUAGUGACUUCACUCCUGAGCCUCAGUGUCCUCCCCGGUAAAGGAGGCUCUCCCGGUGCCUAAAUGUGUGGUGCUCCUCACGGGCUUCACAUAUAAUCACUCAACCUGGGUUUUCAUUUGUUCACCAAGAGAUGCAGCGGGCACAGCUCCAGGGGCUGCGGGUGGGGGUCCACUGAUGUCUGUGUCCACCAAGAAGACACAGUGUUCCUGAACUUGGAAAAUGCACAUCUCAGAACUGGGGGCAAAGUUCUGAGCAACGGAUCUGCAGGACGAGGCUGUGAGGGGCCACUCAGGAUGCAGAUGCUGGAUUACAGUGAGGUCUUGGGGUGCCCGGCUGGCGGGGUUGGUGGAGCACGUGACUUUGGAUCUCACGGCUGUGAGUUCAAGCCCCACAUUAGGUGUAGAGAUCACUUAAGAAUAAAAUCUUUUUAAGGGAGAGUAAAGAAUAAAAUUAGGGGGCGCCUGGGAGGCCCAGUUGGUGAAGCAUGUGCCUUCAG